CACGCUGCCGCUACGGACAUGGUGGAGCCCAAAACCUCAGUGCUCACGGGCCUCGGACGCCCUGUCGCUCACUGCCCCGCUCCACUCUCUGCUCCCCGCUACUUACGAGAAGCAGCGUAGUACUCCGCGGACGGACGCUAUGGCGGAGGUGGUGGCGCAGCGCGCCGUUGCCGUUGCCGUGGGGGGCGGCGAGGCGAACCCAGCGGCGGCGGCGGCGGCGGCGGCGCCAAUGCGAGGGCGCAGCGAGGUGGACACGUCGUCGCAGUUCGAGUCCGUGCGGCAGGCCGUCGACCUUUUUGGCGGCGGCGGCGGCGGCAGCUUCUCCCAGUGGCGGCACCCGCAGGCACCGCCCACUGUCCAGCUCCGGCCAGAGGAGUUAGAACUUAUGAAAGUUGAAGAAAAAACAGUGAAGCUGGAGAUGGAACUUUUUGUUAAGGAAAAGGAAACAUUUAAAGUCUUGAAAGAACUACAUGGAACAAAGCAGGUUAUUGAUGGCUUGAAAUUACAGAUAGAGAAGGCAACAUUGGAGGGUGCAAAUGCUGCAAAAGGUCAUACUGAUAUGGGGAAGGUACAUCCACUUCCUGAUAUUGAACCAAAAUCCGAUAGCCAUACAAAGCCACCAAUCCAGAGCAUGAAAAGCACACAGUCCCCACUAACCACAUUGAUCAAGCUGAAUCAGGCAAAAGCAUUCCUUAACACGGAUACUGUCAACAUGUUAAGGAGCCAGAUAGAGACGGAGAAAGUAUCACUUGAGAAAACCCGUGAAAGGCUACAAUUGAACAUAGGGAAGGCUUCAUCACUAGAAGCAGAUUUGAGCAAAACUGUUGCACAGCUGCAAGCAGUAAAAGCUCCACAACCUGCCCUUGAGCCUUCUGAAAUCUGGUUGCAGAUGAAGCAUUUGAACUCUGAGAAAGAGAAGCACAGGAAGAUGUCUGGGGAUUCGAAAAAUGAGAUCUGUGAAUUAACAGCUGAAAUUGAGCACACAAGGUCCAGGACGAAGACCCUGCAGUUCAGGAUCAUCAUGGCCGAUAAAUUGAAGGAAGCUUCGAGGCGUGGCGAAGCUAUUGCUCUUGCAGAGAUGAAAAACCUGAGCAACGGGCAGGACCUGGACGCUGCUACUCCCGAUAUCACACUCUCUGUUCAGGAGCAUUCUAUGUUUGUGCACAAAGCACAAGAAGCGGACGAUAGCUCUAGGAAGAGAAUUGACGCAGCAAUGCAAGAGCUAGAUCAAGCAAACCAGUGUAAGCUAGAACUCCUGGAAAGAGUAGAGGAAGCAAUGGCAGCUGUUGAGACGAGCCGGAAGGCUAUGGAGGAGGCCCAGAAGAGGGAAGAAUCCGCAAACAAGGCAAAGCUUGCAGCCGAAGGGACGCUUCGAAAACUGCGGUCAGAUCAAAUAAUCCAGAACUGGAGACCGAUAAACAACAAUUCAGUGAAGUUCAAGAACACAGCAAUGACACCUCGGAAAGCAGGCUCCGGGAUCUAUGAUGUGAACGGCUUGAGCCUGGUGACCACUGGCCCAAAGAACACAAAGACGGUGUCCAUCGGACAGAUCCUGAGCAUGAAGCUGGACCAUGAGCUUGAAGCCGGAAAGGGCACGAACACGAGGAAGAAGGUCUCGCUUGGGCAGAUCCUAAGCCAGAAGUACGAAGUGUUCUCUCCGUUGCGCAUAGAUCACAACGGCGCUUCUCGCAAGCAGUUUCAGUCAAGGAGGAAGAAGAUGGGGUUCGUGGUGUACGCCUUGCUCCAUGCGAAGCGGAAGCAUAGAAAGAGGCAGGCGGCCUCCUGCACUCAUGGCAGCUUCAGCGCUAAGGUUGUGUAGUUAGUUUUGUUGGUCAGUGGUAGUUUUAUAUUAUAAGAGCUCAGAAUAAA